CCCCCGUCGCGAGUCGCCGCAGCCCGUGCGGCUCCCAGGCAGCUCAUUUUCUCCUUCUCCAUGCAGAGAGAUGGGCAGCACGCAAACAUGGCCACCUGGCGAACGAGUGCCGUGUUAUUUCUGUUGGCGAUUGUGCUCCGAAGCAGUGUCGCUUUGAAGUGCAACUGUACCGAAUGCGAGAAGAACAAUUUCCAGUGUGAAACGGAUGGUGCAUGCAUAGCUUCCAUCUCCAACAUCAAUGGCUUGGAGCACCACAUCCGUGCCUGCAUUCCUCGUGCCAGCCUUGUUCCUGCAGGCCAGCCCUUCUACUGCCUUAGCUCCAAGGACUUGCUCAACACGCACUGCUGCUACACCGAUUUCUGUAAUAGCCUUGACCUCCGGGUGCCCAGUGGAAUCCCCGGAAUUGACUACUCGCCAUCAGGCUGGGGCUUAGUGGAGCUGGUGGCCGUGAUAGCUGGCCCGGUAUUCCUCUUCUGCGUGGUCCUCAUAGUGGCGGUGUUUCUCUUCCAACACCAUCAGCGCGUCUACCAUAACAGGCAGCGGUUAGACGUGGAGGAUCCUUCCUGUGACCACCUGUAUUUAGCCAAGGACAAGACACUGCAGGACCUCAUCUUUGACCUCUCCACUUCAGGGUCUGGUUCUGGGCUCCCACUGUUUGUCCAGCGCACGGUGGCCAGAACCAUCGUCCUACAGGAGAUCAUCGGUAAGGGCCGCUUUGGCGAGGUGUGGCGAGGAAAAUGGCGUGGAGGGGACGUGGCCGUGAAGAUAUUCUCAUCUCGAGAGGAACGCUCCUGGUUCCGCGAAGCCGAAAUUUACCAGACCAUCAUGCUGCGACACGAGAACAUCCUGGGAUUCAUUGCAGCAGACAACAAAGAUAAUGGCACCUGGACACAGCUGUGGCUGGUGUCGGACUACCAUGAGCACGGCUCUCUCUUUGACUACUUGAACCGCUACACGGUGACCAUUGAGGGCAUGAUCAAGUUGGCUCUUUCAGCAGCAAGCGGCUUGGCACACUUACACAUGGAGAUUGUUGGCACUCAAGGUAAGCCUGGCAUUGCCCACCGAGAUCUGAAGUCCAAGAAUAUCCUGGUAAAGAAGAAUGGCACGUGUGCCAUUGCUGACCUGGGCCUGGCUGUACGACACGACUCUGUAACGGACACCAUUGACAUCGCUCCCAAUCAGCGUGUGGGGACAAAACGGUACAUGGCUCCAGAAGUUCUGGAUGAGACCAUUAACAUGAAGCAUUUUGAUGCCUUCAAGUGUGCUGACAUCUAUGCACUUGGCCUUGUCUACUGGGAAAUCGCCCGAAGGAGUAAUGCUGGAGGGAUCCACGAGGAAUAUCAGCUGCCCUACUAUGACCUCGUGCCCUCGGACCCCUCGAUUGACGAGAUGCGGAAGGUGGUUUGUGACCAGAAGCUCCGCCCCAACAUCCCUAACUGGUGGCAGAGUUACGAGGCUCUACGUGUGAUGGGGAAAAUAAUGCGCGAAUGCUGGUACGCAAAUGGAGCAGCGAGGCUUACCGCUCUGAGGAUCAAGAAGACUCUGUCUCAGCUGAGCGUUCAGGAGGACGUGAAAAUGUAGCUGUUGGGAGAGAUGGAGCCAAAGGACACUUUGUGCAGGAGAUGAGGGGUGGGGUGGGGUGGGUGGGAGGUUUAUGGGGGUACGAGUAAGCAAAGGACAAAAGAUGCACACAAGGAUAUACGGCCUGCCAGAAAAGCCACAAGUCACAAGGCCUACCUCACCUUUAUGCACCAAAACUACUGAGUUUCCCAACCCCUGCCCACCCGCAUGUACCGAUUACCUGCGUUCUUUUAUUACCGCUAUGUGUGGCUCUCCGUGAGAA